AUGAGUGUCUGUGUGUUGGGUGGGGAUAGGGAUCGUAGGGGUAGGGAUGAGAUGGGAAGACCUUAUGAUUUCUCCAGUGAUGAACUGCUGUUUCAUAUGAAGUCUGAUGUGGCGCUGAAAUUCCUGUGCAAACCGUUUUUUAUGAUGAGUUCCCCUCCAAAAACGAUUGGAUACAUGCAUACAGUCAGUUGGUUGUGGAUCACGAAAACGACGCGAACCAUAAACCAGAGGCGACUGUCGGAGCGGCAGAACUCUGUAGAGAAGCCACAGGAGCCGAAGCUGAAGAUGUUGUACGGACGGGACCUGAAGGAGUACGAGAACAUGGACGUGGAGAACCUACUGUCCCAGUUGUCGGCUGAUGAGUUGGCGCAGUUGAGCGAGGAGGUGGACCCGGAUGAUAAUUUGCUGCCACCGUCGCAACGGUGUAAGGAUCAGACCUCGAAGUCGGCCACCGGUCCGCUCAAUAGGAAAAAGUUGUUGACUUUCCUGACGAAGUUCGCUGCGGAACAGGAGGACUGGCCAGAGUUGAAGCAGUUCCAGCCCGGCGUCAAGCGAGGUUGGUAUGCCAUACCUGUCCCCUGUGUUUGUGUGUGUGAGCACCGGUAG